GUGGUUAUUUGUGGAGAUUUUGAAGAUAUUAGACCUGCUGAUAUUGUGCUUAGACACUCCAAAUUCUCGUUAUGAUAAAGUGGAGUUUCUUGUAUAGAAACAAUAGCAGUCACUGGGGGAGAAUUUACAAAUUACUUCACGAUUGUUUUACGUCACCAUGUGCAUUUUAUAGACCAAGAUACGAACCUUUCAACUGAAUAUAUAAAGGAAUCCAAGAGAGUUUGACCUCUCAUGUUCGGUUCCCCAUUUCGAAGUAAAUCCUUGACUUAUGAAGAAUUAUUAAUUAGUGUUUUAUUUUUUUUUUCAAAUCAAAUUCCAAAUAUUCCGGAAUAUUUUUCUUGUGCAAUUUGACUCGAAUUUUAUAGUGUAAGUUUUGUCAGUGCGUUACAUUUUUUAAACUUUCGCUACCUACCCACCCAAGUGAAGGGUCUAAGAGGGGAGACGAUGAAACCUUCGAUGUUCGCCAUGUCCUUCCUAUUUCUAUAUUGUCACGCAAGUUACAUGAGCACAGGAGGUUUGGAAACUGCGCAAGUACAAUUCUAUGUAAAUCUCAUCUUCUAUUGAUUUCUACGUAACGUUAGCUCUCUGCCAUACCUUAAAGUAAACAGAGGGGAAUUCAAAACAGGAACAGAACUCAAAGUGAGGGUUUCAUUUCUUGUGUCGAAAAACCAUCAUAUAUAUUCAAGAAUUUUUUUUUUAGCAUGGACAUUUUCACAAAGGAUGAUUACACCAAACCUGGCAUCGUGUAAGGAAAGAUGUGGUGCAUUAUGAGCGACUUUUGCAGACUGGGUGUAAGAAAGGAUGUGUAUUGAAGUUUUACUCGCUGUUGUUAUUUCCUGGUUACCCAUAUUUCACGGGGAACGUGUUUCUUAGGAAGAGUGUGUUAAUUUUGAUUUAGAAAGUUUUUCUUCGACGACUUUUCAUGGCGAAGAUAUAUAUUUUUUUCAAUGACUUGCAAGAAAUGCAAUGUUUCGGAAGAUACAUAGGGUUGCACUACUUAAAUUAAAAAAAAAAAGCGAAUGACAUAAAUUAGUAAUACAUGCACCUUGCAACUUAUUGGCUCUUCAUUACUAGAGAUGAUUAAAGAGUGUUUAAAAUGAAUGAGCAUUCUGUAUCGAAAUGUUGACAAUCAGUAAUGGAAUUCGAGAACAGUACCGUCAUAGACUUCGUAUUUCCUUGGGAUUUUAUUGACAAUAGCACCAAUAGCUCCCAGGUUGCAAAGACAAGGGUUGAACCCCGUGUAUGGCGGGAAAUACCUCUGGGGCUGGUCUUGACUUUCUUGUCACUACUAACUUUCAUUGGUAAUGCGAUGGUCCUACACGCCGUGCGAACCGAGAGACGCCUACAAACGGUAAGCAACAUGUACAUCGUUAGUCUGGCUAUGGCGGACCUGAUUGUCGGGAUCAUUGUGAUGCCGAUCAGCACAGUUUACAUUUUCACAAAGGAAUGGAUCUUUGGCGUCGCUAUUUGCCAAAUAUGGAUUGCAGUGGACUACACGGCUAGUACUGCAUCCAUCCUGAAUCUUUUUAUACUAAGCGUCGACAGAUACUGGUCUGUGACGUCACCAUUACGUUAUUUACGGAAACGAACGAAAAAGAGGGCUCUAAUUAUGAUCUCAAUUGUCUGGGUUAUUUCAUCUCUUUGGAUUAUACCAAUUGUAGGAUGGCAUCAUUUUGCUCAUGGUGGAAUCAGAACUGUUCCAUCGAAUGUGUGUGACACAGAAUACGCGAAAGACUCCAUAUUUAAAGUAGUAACAGCGUUUUUCAAUUUUUACCUCCCUUUAGCAAUUAUGUAUAGUCUUUAUGGUAAAGUCUUUCAUGAGAUCAGAAAACGUUCUGCUUUGGAACUGGGACAGCAAUACCCAACUGCUACAAGCCCGGUGGCUUACAACUAUGAAGGCGAUUCGCAGUUAGGCGGAAGUAGCAGUUACAGCGAACCGCGCAUUGAUACUUUCACCGACCAACAUUCCAAUAGAAUAGAAGAUAACAAUCAGUCAAAUGGCUUAUUCCAAAAGAACAAAAAAGUGAAAGUAAAGAGCAGCAAGUGUCUGGUUUUAAAAUCUAGUAAAAUUAUGUUGUCAACGAACGGAUCAUCAGAUCGGUGUAGAGUUGCUCGGAGAUGCAGAGUCGAAUAUAUUUAUGACGAAAAUGUUCUAGAUCAAAAGACAGAAAAAUUAGAAAGGUUCUACUAUGAAGAAAACAUCCCACUGUCUGUUGUUCGUUCCAUGGAUCAUAUGAGUCCAAACUUGUGUGCUGAUUAUUUAACCAACCCCUCGAGUUCCCACCACAGUAUCAGCAGCGAUGAAAGGUAUCCGAAUACAGGGAUGACGUGUAACAGAAAGAAAUGCACCAACAAUGUAUACGGGCUGACAAAUGAAAUUGGAAAGCUUUGUCAACCGGAAAGUUUGGACACCAGGUUAUCUGGAAACAGAACCAAUGAAAAUGACAGCAAUGACAAAAUCCAAAAUGUGUGUAUUUUGGGGGAUGUGACAUCUCGUCGAAUUUCAAAUAUGUUUAAUAUCAAACAUCGUAUUAAGAACUUUCGUCAGAGCUCGUCACUCACUAGGGAAAUCAAGGCUGCCCGUCAGUUAGGCGUAAUUAUGGGUGCGUUUACCAUGUGUUUCUUACCGUAUUUUACUUUGUUUUUGGUGGUAGCUUUCUGUGAUAGCUGUGUCGAUACGGAGUUAAUGAUAGCAAUGACAUGGAUAGGUUACUUAAACUCCACAUUAAACCCAUUUUUGUAUCCUUUAUGUAAUAUGAAUUUUCGCCGGAAGUUCAGGAAAAUGCUAAGCAUUGACCGCAAAAUUAAACGACGUUCACGACAUGCCGUAAAUCGAAACAGUCUUACAAUGAGGUACGACUGACAUAUGUAAGUGUCGUAAAAUCAUAAUGUUGUGCUCUGUAAUGUUUUUUGCAAAAUGCUAUAAUUGCAUUUGCGUAAAUAAAUGUUUGUCAUUGAC